AUGACAACUCUGCCCGUGGUUAUACCCCCGCAAGUCCUGCGACCUGUAGUUUACAGAGCAUUGACCAAAAAAUAUGGACUCGCGAUUAAGUUAGAUGGGUUGCAGGAAUUGGCCAAAUACAUCGGUAGCUCGUAUGGUGCGCAAUGGAAAGACGAAAUAAACCCGUUUCUCGAUACUUUUGCCGCACAGUGGAGAAACGACACUUGUAGAGGCAUUUUUGUCGAUGGUGUACAUGUUCGGCAAGUACUCGCCGAGCUGCUGGAGGAAGUCAUCGUCCAAUCGAGAUCCCAGGAUGGGAUUUUGGAGAACCAUCAGGACUUGCCCGUCGAAGAUGUGUGGCAAUGCAUAAACACGAUCCAGCAGCGAAGAGUGCCGUACAACCACUGGAAGAAACAAUUCGACAGCCCGGCUAACACAUCUCCUCCAGCGUUGAAACAAGACAUGUUCAGCACAAGGUAUUAUAUAACGAGGGACAGGUCUCUGCGAAAUGCGGCAUCUCUAGGUGCCCCCUUUGAGUUCACAGAAAUUAAGAACUUCAUGGGGAAGGAUUCGCAGAACUUUGUCGUCUUAGGUUUAUUGAUCAUGAACAAUAAGGGUAAAUGGGCCCUUGAAGAUCCAUCCGGAUCCAUUGAGAUAGACAUUUCACAAUGUGUCCCAACUCCAUUGUCGUAUUACAUGCCUGGUUGCAUAGUCAUUGCAGAGGGGAUUUAUUUCACAGUGGGGCAGACGUUCCAUGUCACCUCAAUGACACACCCACCGGGGGAAAAGCGAGUCGACUCGCAAUUGGCAUUGGGUAAUUUGGAUUUGGUAAGAGCCACUCAUUUGGAUAAACAGAGACUUAUAGUUUUACAUGAAAAGGAGAUCGAACUCGACGAGAACGAAAUUAUAUUGCUUGGUGGAGAGAGCAUGUUUCUUGAUCAGCAGAACGUGCAUGAUGCGUUGAGGAAGUUAUUCGCAAAACUGGAAGAGCUCCCACCGUAUGCAAUAAUUUGCUUUGGAUCUUUCUUCUCUAAACCGGUCAUUCCGACUUCGUCAAACGCAAUUCCAAGCACUACAUUGUACAGAAAGGGAUUCGAAUCCCUCGCGGUUAUAUUAGAAGAGUUCCCAGAGCUGGUGUCAAGUACCAAAUUUGUCUUCGUGCCCGGCAAUAAUGAUCCCUGGAAAAGCAUGUCCACCUUAGGUAUGGACGGUGUUCUUCCCAUGGCGCCGUUACCCUCGCUGGUAACACACAAGUUGGAAAGAGUGCUGAAACAAGAUAUUGUUUGGGCAACUAACCCGUGUCGCAUUAUGUACUACUCCCAAGAAAUUUUUUUGGUAAGGGAUGAUCUGCAACAAAGGUUAAAGGUCCAUGAUGUCUCUUUCCCGGCGAUUGCAAGUUCGAAGGAUCCACAUUCUGGAGAGGAAGAGGGCCAGUAUAUCGACCAGCUGGUGAAAAACCCUGACCAAUUGCCCCGCGAGUUGGAACAAGCGCGGAAACUGGUUAAAACCGUCCUUGACCAGGGCCACAUAUCACCCUUUGUGGAAAGCAUUAGACCCGUCGAUUGGGAACAGGACCACACGCUCAUGUUGUUCCCAGCCCCCACUACAUUGAUACUAUGUGACACUACGGCACCAAAACUCAACCUGACUUAUAACGGCUGCAAAGCGAUAAACCCAGGUUCGUUGAUAGUGAACAGAAAGCUAAAGUAUAGUAGGUAUUUCCCGUCUACAAGGAACUGUAUAGAGGAGGAGGUGCUCUUCUAA